CGACUGUGAGUCUGUGACGUGACGACCAACUCUCUCCCAACUCUCUCGCUUUAUUAAUUGCUUUUAAUCACAUUUUGAGGUCUGAUCAUGAUUUGCUCAUUCUAGGCUUUAAUUUUUAACAAUUGAUCAUGAUCGACAUGCAUUAAUGCAACCAAAGAUCGACGAUGCAUGGUCCUCGAUCUCCAAAUCUCUCGAUCGAGCUUUUUCUAAUCAAAUAUGGAAGUGAUAUAUAUGCUGGUACAGGAUGCUUAUGGUGCUCUUAAAGAUACCUGAUUUCAAAAGUGUCGAGAAAGCAAGCUAUGAAGCCUAUCAGAACCAAGACAGCAAACGAAGAAGACGGUGAAGAUCACCACCAUCUUAAAAAACAUGAUGAUGAGGUGUUCGAAGAAGAGCCGUUGAGUCCAUCAGCUCGGCUGUUCCAUGAACCAAAUUUUAAUGUCUACAUCAUAGCCAUCAUGGGGAGCAAGACCAAAAUUCAGGUGGAUAUCGUCAAAGCCAACUUGGAGCACACUUUGCUUAAGCACCCUCGCUUCUCUAGUUUGCAGGUUGUGGAUGAUACAGGGGAUAUGAAAUGGGUUCGAACGAAGGUGGAUUUAGAGAAACACAUAAUAGUUCCUGAACUGAAUCCUGACAUGGAGUCAGGCGAUCAAUUUGUUGAAGAUUACGUCUUUAACCUCAGCAAAACCACCAUAGACAAGUCCCAGCCUCUCUGGGAUCUCCACCUCCUCAACGCGAAAACUUCAGAUUCAGAGGCCGUUGGUGUGUUCAGGAUCCACCACUCUCUAGGCGAUGGAACUUCUUUGAUUUCUCUUUUACUGGCGUGUACGCGAAAAAUAUCUGAUCCGGAGGCUUUGCCAACGGUUCCGGUGAAGAAGAAGAAGAAGCAAGAAAAGAGUAGCUCUUGGUGGCUGUGGCGGUGCUUCGUUGGGUUCUGGUGGGUUUGGCAGCUCCUUUGGCACACUGUCGUUGAUGUUUUCAUGUUUAUGUUAACGGCUUCCUUCCUCAAGGAUACCGAGACGCCUCUCAAGGGGCCAGAUCGCACUGAGUCCAGUCCUCGAAGAAUUAUUCACCGGACGGUCAGUUUGGACGACCUUAAGUUGGUGAAGAAUGCCAUGAACACGACCAUCAAUGAUGUCGCCCUAGGAGUCACUCAGGCUGGUCUAUCCCGUUAUCUCAACAGAAAAUAUGGUCAGGGUAAGAAAGCCGAGGAGGCAACUGAGACGAAAAACUUUCUUCCAAAGAAAAUUCGUCUCAGAUCAACUUUGCUCAUAAACAUAAGAACAUCUGUAGGAAUUGAGGCUUUGGCUGAUAUGAUGGAGAACGAUACUCAAGUCAAGUGGGGAAACUGGAUUGGGUAUGUCCUCCUCCCCUUCACCAUUGGAUUAAGGGACGAUCCAUUAGACUAUGUUCGUGAAGCCAAGGCCACCAUUGAUCGAAAGAAGCACUCCUUCGAAGCUAUUUACACUUUUUCCAUUGCCGAGUUGGUUCUCAAAUUGUUUGGCAUUAAGCGAGCAAGUGGUAUGUCUCACAGAAUCAUUACCCACACUACAAUGUGCUUCUCCAAUCUAGUCGGACCCCUUGAAGAAAUUGGUUUUUAUGGUCAUCCAAUGACUUACCUAGCUCCAAGUUCUUAUGGUCAACCACACGCAUUGAUGAUCAACUUCCAAAGCUAUGUCAACAAGAUGACCAUUGUUCUAUCAAUUGAUGAAAGCAUAAUUCCUGAUGCUUACCAGCUUUGUGACGAUAUAGUAGAUUCUCUUAAGCUCAUCAAGGAUGCCGUCAUAGCAAAAGGGCUCAUCAAGGAAGAUCAGAACAGAAAUUAAACCUGUUCUGAGAAUUCCACCUCAAUAAUGACUUUGAAUGUAGUACUGCACUACUGUUCAUUACAAAAUUUGUUAGUAAUUAUGACUUACCUUUCACAAGCUUUUUCUUUUUUAUUUCUCAGUUAAAGUUACACCAUAAUGUCGAUAAUGAUACAGUAUUGUGUGACUUCCGAAUAAGAGCUCUUGCCGCAUUCUUUUGAAAUCUUAAUUACCAUAUCCUACAAGUUAAAAGAGUGGCAAAGUUUUUUUUGCUAUUUGGUUACA